AUGUCUACUCCUGACUCUUAUAGAUCUGUAUCGACAAAAUUCGGAGUUGGAAAAGCAACUGCAUUCAGAGCAUUAAGACGAGUAACGUAUGCUCUACAUUGCAUUGCUCCUCAGUUUAUUCAGUGGCCCAAAAAUGCAGUUGCCACAAAAGUAAUGGAGGAAUUUGAACAAGCUUGUGGUUUUCCAAAAGUGAUAGGUGCUAAUGAUGGAACUCAUAUUAAGAUUCGUACUCUGAAAGAAGUACCAGACUCGUACGUAAACAGAAAAGGCUUUCACUCGAUGAAUAUACAAGUUGUCUGUGAUUCGCGUGGACUUUUCACCCAUUGUUACGCCGGGCAUAUGCUGCGUACGGUAUCCAUCCACAUGUUAUGGAUUCUCUUAGACUGUUUACCUUUAACAGACGUCAGAAAAAUUCCAGAAUUUAUUUUGGCCUGUUAUAUAUUGCACAACAUUUGUAUUUUGCAAAAUGAUAUAAUUGAAUUGAUGGGUAUAUGUACAAAUGAAGAAGAAGUAAGACCUAUUUUACAUGAUAACGCGGUUGAAUUAGGAAAUGCUAAAAGAAUUGUAAUUAUGAAUACUUUACCAAGGAAAAUAUAA